AUGGCCCCCGACAAGAAAGAGAAAAAGCGCAAGGCUGCGCCUGCUGCCGCCGAGUUGCCCGCGAAAAAAACCAAAAAGGCCGAUGCCAAACCUGCUCAGACCAAAGACGCUGCGCCUAAGCCCGCUCUGAAAAAGAAGGAGAAUGGCACUGCGCCCAAGACCGAUGCGUCGGUGAAGGCCAAUGGAGAGCCUGCACGCCAGAUCAAGCCUCGCAAGCGUGCUGCCGACUUCCUUGGCGACGAGGAGAAUGACGAGCCUGCUGCGCCUGCGCCUGAGAAGCAAGCUGAAAAGAAGAAAUCGAAGAAGGAGGAUACAUCCAAGAAGGCCAAGAAGGCAGAGAAGGUGGUUGAGGAGUCUGACGAGGAGAUCGUUGGAGAUGUCAUCUCCGAGCCUGAGAGCGGCGAGGAUGAAGACUUGGACGACCAGACCGCUGAGCUGAUCAAGGGAUUCGAGAGCAGUGGAGAAGAAGACGCCUCCGAGGAUGAGGGGUUCAAUCCGGAUCAGCCCGUUCCCCGCAUCCCAGACUCGAAGAAGGCGAAGCGCAAGAUUCUGAAGAAGCAGAAGCAGGGCAACACUCCUUCUGAGCCUGGCACUGUCUACAUUGGCCGCAUCCCGCACGGUUUCUACGAGCACCAAAUGCGCGCCUACUUCUCCCAAUUCGGCGACAUCACCCGUCUCCGCCUGUCGCGCAACCGUCUUACAGGCCGAUCAAAGCACUACGCGUUCGUGGAGUUCUCCUCGACGACAGUUGCCAAGAUCGUCGCCGAGACGAUGGACAACUACCUGAUGUACGGCCACAUCCUCAAGUGCAAGUACGUCCCCGCGGAACAGCUGCAUCCCGAGGUGUGGAAGGGCGCGAACCGGCGCUUCAAGAAGACGCCCUGGAACCGGAUUGAGAAGAAGCGGUUGGAGAAGGGCAAGACGCGUGAGCAGUGGAGUCAGCGCAUUGAGCAGGAGCAGAAGCGGAGACAGGCUAAGCUGGAUAAGCUGAAGGCGUUGGGGUAUGAGAUGGAUCUGCCGGUGCUGAAGAGCGUUGAUGAUGUUCCCGUCCAGGAGCAGAAGGCUGUUGAGCCGGCUCCGGAGGAGGAGACUGUUAAGGCUAUUGAGGCGCCUUCUGCUGAGAGUGAGGAUACCCCGAAGAAGAAGGCUGCGAAGGGGAAGAAGGCAGGCCAGGGCACGCCAAAGCAGGAUGCUCCGUCGGAGUCCCCUGCUACAAAGGCCAAGGGGAAAGCCAGUAAGGGUAGCAAGACCAAGGCGAAGGCGUAA